GUGUUCUCAGCAGCUGGGGCUAAGGCUGCAUGAAUGCACCAUUCCUGCUGCAUUCAGCAGAGGUGUAAUCAGAAAGUCACCCAGGCGCCCUCUAGCCACUGCACGAAGGAUGGUGAGGGCCAAGCAAACAGCCAGGAAGGGCUCCGGGGGCUGGCCGGCGCGCUCCUCUCGUAGGAGGUUGCCGCCCCUUGAAGUCCGUGCACCGCUGAACAGAGAUGAGCGCCCCACGGGCCAGGAGUACUUGGACGCUGUGAGCUCGAUUAGAACGCAAUGCCAAGUCCAGGAUACCUUGGAAUCUUCCUUGGGGAGGGAGGAAGGGGCUGCAGCCGAUACUUGCAGCAUUGCAGAUGCGCGUGUGGCACUGCCUGCUCUUGCCCCUGAACUCCUGCAGCAGAUAUUUGCCAAGCUGGGGCCUCAUCCAAAGGACAUUGUUCCAUUGGGAGCAGUAUGCAAACAGGCAAGGGCUACACUUACUAACGCUGUUCCUGAGUAGAGACUGAGGGCUGGAGGCUAGAAGAACAGGUGUUGAAGCGAGUCACUUUGAGCUGCCCCUGUUUCGCACAUUCCUUCCGAUGGUUGCUCAGAUUGUCCGUGCUGGACUCCAAACUUACUUUCUUCUCGCGCUUGUGGGGCUGCCGCGCUUUUGCAAGAACAGCAAACCCACUCGACACCGGCCGGUGAUGGGGAGGCGCUGUGUGUCCUUACUGCAAAGAGCUAGUCUUUCCUUUGAAAGCUGAGGACGUACCCCAAGCGUACACGUGUUAUGAAACGUUGUAUCUCGAUUGUGUUGAAGACAUACACCCUGAUUGUAGAGCAGAGUCAAGAUGGAACGCGUGCAACUCUGUCUCGGACUCGGGGGCAGAAUCGGAGCCAAAGUCUGAGGAGCAGCCAGAGCGCGUCUUGGUCUCCGGGUUUGUAUGUCUUGGUGGUCACAUUGUGUUGGGAGUGGCAGGGUAUCCUGCCCGGCAGUCCGGCACCCAGGUUGAAGAUUCUGGGGAGAUGUUGCGGUUGAAAUCAUCAAACGCUGUUGCUUUCCUUACCGAGCAUGUAGUUGAGGAGGCGAAUUUGAGCUACAAAGAAGGGCAAAGCUUGGUCGAUGAGCUAGAGCUAGAUCAAAUGAUCCAAGUCGCAGACAGGCUGGCAGAGUUGGAAGAGGAGUGGCCAUCGUUUGUGUCCGAAGGAGGUCCUCACGUCAGAAUUGCUGACGAGUAUCCAUGGCGUUUCAAUUUGGAAAAUACGUCCUUGAGCAAGGAGACGCUCCAUGGGGCAGGCCUUCCGCCCGACGUCGCAAACGGUGUGCACGUUUUGAGAGGGGAACCGGACCUCAUACAUUGCAUGGGGUUGCUUUCUGAGGUGGUCGAGGCGCAAGUUCGGGAGCAGCUGUUGAGGAGGAGGAAAAGGGAAGUCCUCAGGGCGCUACAAGAAGCGGGCUUUGAGCAAAGGAGCGUUCCGCACCAGGAGUCGAUUGACAAAUACGUGCAGGAUCCGGAUACCAUCACGUUGGAUGAGGUGCUCCUGCAACAAAAGCUUGCUUGGGACAAGGAAGUGGCCAUGCGGAAACAACUCGAGCUUGAGGCCAAAGAGAGGGCGAAAAGGCUUGAACUCGAAGCUAGAGAUAGGGCCGAGAAGGUAGCCCUUGAACGCCAAGCCACGAGCAAGAUGCACACACCCACUCGGUAAGUCAAACCAAGGUUACCGUCAAACCCGUGGGAAGCUCUGAUGUCGACUUUUGCGGGGUAGCAACAGAUGGGGAGGUUUGCAGAAACCGGCCGGCCAAAGCUUGCUCUAAUAACGCAUGUAAUAGGUGUUGCUGGAAGCUUUCGAACCAAUGCUCAUAUAACAAACACAGGAAGGCUCAGAAGGGCUAGUAACUGCACACCGGCCGAUGGCUGAAGGUUGAACGUUCUGGUCGCAACCGCAUUGGUAGAAGUCCGUAGAAGUUUGGACCUGUAUAUUUGCUUCUGCUCGCUUGAAAUCUCCCCUAAACAGUGCCGACAAUCUGGGAACAGUCUAGUCGGUGAAUUGCUGCUAGAUCCAAACAUUGAAGACCGUCCCCUAUCGUUUGGCUGCAUCGUACGUCCGAAUACGCCUCAAUUGAGC